AUGGCCGCACCCCUGUCUGCCCUUCUCUGUCUUGGGCUGUGUCUGGGGCAGGUGGUGGAAGCUCAGCACGGCCUGCUGCCCAAGCCCUCCCUCCAGGCCCUGCCUAGCUCCCUAGUGCCGCUGAGGACGCCAGUUACCAUCCGUUGCCAGGGGCCUCCGGACGUGGACCUGUACCGCCUGGAGAAGCUGAGGUCCGGCCACUACCAGGAUCAGUCCGUCCUCUUCAUCCCGUCCAUGGAGGAACGUUUAGCAGGGUGCUACCGAUGCUCCUACCAGAAUGGGAGCCUCUGGUCUCCCCCCAGCGACCGGCUGGAGCUGGUCGCUACAGGAGUUUAUCUCAACAAGCCCUCGAUCUCAGCCCAGCCCAGUCCAGCUGUGUCCCCAGGAGGGGAAGUCACUCUCCAGUGUCGAAGCCAAUUCGGUUUUGACCAAUUUGCUCUGUACAAGGAAGGGGACGCUGGGCCCCAGAAGGGAUCUGAGAAGCAGUAUGGGGCUGACUUCCCCAUCACCGCAGUGACUGCUGCCCACAGUGGGACCUACCGAUGCUACAGCUUUUCCAGCAAGCUGCCGUACCUGUGGUCGGCUCCCAGCGACCCCCUGGAGCUUGUGGUCACAGGGACUUCUGUGACCCCCGCCUUGUUACCCACGGAACCACCUUCCUCUGUGACAGAAUUCCCAGAAGCCUCCAGGAAAUGGAGCAUCUCACUCGUCAACAAAAGCUCUACAAUCAAGUCUUCUAGGACUAUCACCAUCUCUGCAAAGAGGCCAGAGUCUCCAACUGGUCUUGCCCAGCAACACUAUACCAAGGGCAAUCUGGUCCGGAUAUGCAUUGGGGUUGUGAUUCUAAUACUCCUGGUGGGGCUUCUGGCAGAAGAUUGGCACAGCAGAAAGAAACCCCUGCCAUACAGGGUCAGACCUAUCCGCAGGCCACUCCCACCCCUCCCACAGACCCAGAGACAACACAGUCAUCAGGAUGGGGGUCGACCAGGUGGCCAUAACCAUGGGCGCCACAAUUAGAACUCCAAGGCUUGGUUGUAGCUACGAGAUAAGGGAUGUAAAACCAUGUGUGGAGUGUAUGGAAUGUAGGAGCAAGAGGACAGGGGUUAGGACUAUGGAGAAGGAGGAACCUGGGGCCUCUCCUUGGUGUCCCAUCAAGGAUCUGUUGAGCCAGUGUCUACUUGGCUUUCAUCCAAGGACUCCUCUCAUUUGGGAUGGGAAAUAUCUAGUGGAUGCCAGUGUCUCCUCACUCACAUCUUGCACAUUGUGGAUCUUGUAGCACCCUAACUGGACCAUCAUAAUGACCCCUUCAACCUUCCCUAAUUCAUGUUCAUUAUUGACUUUUGUAUCACCAAGUCUCAUAGCUGACCCCAUUCUAUGCUCUGCAUAAAACUCUCCCACGCUUCCUGUUGGCCCCUGUGUUUUCUCUGGGUAGCCAUAGCUUAGCUGGUUAAUUCAGACUCAUACUUAUUUCCUGAGCCUAUCAGCUCAGCCUCUCUCCUAA